AAAUGAGCAAAAAAAGGCAGUAGAGGAAGAAAAUCGGUUUCAUAACCGGACGUCACAUCCUUUGACCGCUGCUAAAGGUGAUCAGGACUUUUGCAUCGAUGUUGCGGCUGAUUGCAGCGACCCUGUGCCUGCGGUGCCAGCGAGUCAGAGCCCUUCCUGCAAACCUCAGGUCAUGUGCAACACUGAGCUCGGCGGAGAACCGGCACACCGUGGAGGCUCUCUACAAUCUCUCAGUGGACAUCCAGAAGAUCCGAAAGCUGAAGGGCUGGGUGCUUCACCAGAGCCCCGUCUACGUUAGGGAGGUAGCUGACCUGCUCAAGGAUAUGGGAGCCUCAGGCGCCAUCGUUGCCCGCAUCCUGGCGCUGCACCCUGAGGCGAUCCUGUGCAGCCCGGAUCAGGUGCGGGCCCAGAGGGAGCUGUGGAUGUCAGUGUGCCGAAACCAGACAGAGCUGGUGGGCAUCAUUGAGAAAUUCCCGGCCUCCUUCUUCACCUCGUCCAGCCACCACGUCAACCAGCGGGACAACAUCGCUUACUUCCAGAGCUUGCACCUCAACAAGCGAAUCAUCACCAAGCUCAUGGCCAGCGCGCCGCAGAGCUUCAGCCGGCCUGUGGGCCAGAAUGAGGUGAUGGUCUGCACCCUGCAGCAGGCCUACCUGGAGCUCGGAGGAGAGGAGGCCAACAUGAGGAUCUGGCUCCAGAAGCUGCUGAGUCAGAACCCGUUUGUCCUUCUCAAACCCCCUGAGGUGCUGAGGCAGAACCUGCUGUUCCUGAGAGACAAGGGCUUCACCACCGCAGAGCUGCUCCGCCUGCUCUCCAAACUGAGGGGCUUCGUCACCGAGCUGAACCCAGACAGCAUGCGUCACACCCUGGCUUACGCCCAGGACACGAUGGGCUGCUCGGAGGCAGAGCUGCGGGGCAUCGUCCUCGAAUGCCCGGCUCUGCUUUACUACUCUGAAACUAUUCUGGCCGAGCGCUUUCAAGGCCUGCUCGGCUCUGGGAUCCGCAUGGCACAGAUCAUAGAGACUCCGACCGUUUUGGAGCUCACCACUCAAAUAGUGAACUACCGCAUCCAGAGACUGAGGGCACACGGUUACGACAUCAGGACAGGUAGUCUGAAGCCCCUAAGUGGCACUAAGAAGGACUUUGAGAUGAGCUAUGGCAAACUGCAGCUGCGGAGAGAGAGGCCGCUCUUUAACCCUGUCGCCCCUUUAAAAGCGGACGACUGAUGUGGGUGUCAAGGACCGAUCCUGAUGGUGCUAUAUAUAAAAAAAUCCAGGGUGUAUUUAUCGCAAGUGAAAAAUUCAUGUUAGAAAAGAUGAAGCUCGCUGUGUAAUGAUUUCCAGCAGCAACAUUAAAAUGUGAAGCAGUUGGAAGGGAAUUUAAUGUCUCAUGCUGUUUGGAGAAGACGCAGCCCUUUGUCAGAUAAACAAUUUAUUACAGCCUAUUUACAAGUUACCUCAUCACAAUAGCCUAAUCUGAAAUGCCACAUGACAUAAUAUAACUGUUUGAUGAUAGACGUGUUGACACAUCUAUCCAAUGCAUUACUGAUAAUACAGUGGAGUAAAGCUCCACAAACAAGGCUUUCCAAACCCUUUUAUCUGCAGCCGGUGCCAGUGUCUCAUUUUCACACAAUGUUCUUGGCAGCACAACAAUUCCCCUCAGGGAUGAAAUCUAACGGUGUCUCAGAUAUUUUAUUGUUGCUUUACAGAUGGAGACACUUUAUUAUAAGCUAUUUCACUACUGAAAUGUCACUUCAUUACCAUUUCAAAUAGUUACUUCAAAAUGCACCCACACGAUGAGAUAGGAGAGGGAAUGAAAGUAAAGUUCCUGUGAUUGAAGGUGGUUUAUUUGAGCAUGUAUUGCAGUCUUAAUACAAAGAGCAGUUGAGUUUCAGUUCAUUUAUGCAAAAUUGAUUUUCCCUUACCUUGGGCAUGGUUAAUGUGUUUGUUAUAUGGCUUUGUGCAGCACGCCGAGGCACAAAGACGUAUACGAGUGCUUGUGGGUUAGCGCUCACACGGUUAUUUUAGUGUAGGCCGCAAAAUCAAUAUUCUGUGCCGCUGAGCAUCGUAUAAACGAAGCCGGGGCACUGCAGAGCGCACUGUAUCUCGUUUUAAAUACGGCGCAAUGUUUUAAAGCCAGCAGAAGCCCUUGAAACAUGCUUAAGAACGGUUUUUAAUGGGGAUCGAGCUUCGCAGCUAAUGAAGCCGUGACUUAAUGCUUCAAGGUCCCUUUCCUGUGGUAAUUUGGGUGAUGGGGGUCACAGUGAAGACAGGGGGGGGUGGACUUGUGUGUCCAGAGGGAGGCAGAAAUACACAUUACCAACUUCCACCUCCCAUCUGCUGUAGUCUGUAUCACCCUCAGCAUGGGUCCGUCGUCAUGGCAAUAGCUACUGGGCAGAUGAUGCGAAAGUGCAUCCAGUAAUGAAUUUGAGCUUCGCAGGCGGAUGUUGGACCGGAGUUCAUUUUCAGACCAUUUACAGCGUGGAACCCCCGAGGAGCCUCAAGAGUGCCUCAAGUACGCCAUCAGUGCGGUGUUGAAGGUCACUCGUUUUACACAGGAACCUGACAGCUCCUUUGAAUUCUUCCCAUUUUUUAAAAAAUAGUAGGUAAUAAAUGUUUUGAGUCCAGCAGGAACUUUGAUUUUUAUCUGCGGCGAGGCCAGGCAGAAAGAAAUCAUUCCUUUAAGACUCGACGAGCAAAGCCUCAGGUGUACAAAUACAAAAAUGUCACAACCUCUAUUUCUCACCAAAAUGUUCCCCCGUCCUCUAUGCGCGGCUCCAGCGGUCGACUGUCACGCCAUCCUCCGCCGCUGCUUGGCUAUGCUCUUUUGAAUUACACAGGCAAGCAGGAGAGGUUAAUAGGAGGGAGUAUAAAUUGUCCUCUUCCAUUUCAAACAUGACACCGGGUGAUAUUAGCCACGCUUACACAUUGCUUUUAUGGGUCGUAACUCACAGGGAACAGACGACAUCUGCAAUUAAAACCUGUGAUUUCCAGCAGAAGCCAAACUAUUGAGGUGGUAAAUACCCCCCGUGUUUGAGGUCAGUGGGAUUUAAGUCCCAAAGAUAGAAAAAGUUCAAAGUAUUCAGCUGUGUUCUGCAUAAGCAAUGAAUGUAGAUGGAAAAAUAAGAUUAUUGCAACUUUAAUAAUGUAUCACAAGUCAAAGAAUGUUUUUUUUUUAUACGUCUGUGUUUUUACUAUGUAACGGGAAGAAAACCUCAAAUUACACAAUACAUUUAGUAGUCAGGGCUUUGAGUUGCAGCUCACGGCUUCCCUCAUGUUUACAUUUGCCUUGUGGAUUGAGAUUUUUGAUGUUUACACAGCGGCCACAGAUAAGCUUUUCUUCCCGUCUACCGUUACAUGAGGGAGUUUCUCCCCUUCUCAUUUAUCCAGUCUGAGCAGAGAUUAUACCCACACUCCCAGAUAACAGCCACACACACACACACACACGCACACACAGAGCACACACUGUAGGCAGGUAUAAAUGUCACGCAUAUGAAAAGUCAACUCUGAAAACCGGAUAGGUCUCAAUUCCUGUAGUUCACGUUGCAUCAGAGGUCAUAUUUCUAAAAAAGUGCAUGGGGUGAGGUGGAGUUACUUGAGUUCAUCUGUCAACUUCUUGUCUUUGACGGUCAUACAGAUACUAUUAUCUUAUAUUAAAUACCUCUCAUACCUCUCAUACUCUCAUGAACAGUUAGGUUUAGAGCUGCUGAUUAUGUAAAGCAGUGGUUUUCAGCUCUAGUCCUGCUGGUUUUCUGUCUUGCCAACUAACUAGCUGCAUCCACCUGACAUCGCAGGACUAAAACAAACGCCGGUUAGAGAUCUGCAGUGAAAACCAGCAGGGCUGCGGGUCCUGAUGAGAGGGAUUGCCUGGCAACAAGCGACAUUAGCGACCCCCAUAUGAGCCAGAUCACAGCCUGAGGCCCUCGGGCAGCUCCCAGCUGGCAGUGACAAGGACUGAAACAAGAGGUGGUUGGACCUUUGCCACCCGGGCUCAUGGUAUAGACUUUGAUGUAGGAGCCUUUUUAUUAUUCUCUCGCUUAUUCGCUCUGAUCUUUGUCACUGACCUCUCGCUUUGCACGCCGGCUUCAUUCUCUCACUGUGCCCUUAUGUGUCGGGCUUUGCUUACAUGGCUCUCUUUACUUAAUUAAUGUGAUAUGUUAUUAAUUAAUGUGAUUUUUUUUUAUUUGCCCGAUUGUAAAGUGCCAUUGUUGUUGUAUUGUAUGCAAAUAAAGAUUAAUAUUACAUUAUACACAAAGUCUUGUGAAGCAAAAUGAAACAUAAAAAUUAAAAAAUAUAUAUAUUUGGCUUGUGGCUGUUGGUAAAAUCAAAUCAGCUGUAAAUGACACUGUAAUUGUUGUGUGAGACAAAAGUUGAAUAAAUGAGUAAGUAUUAAA